CCACAUAUAAAGGUAAUGCACUACGAUGCACAUUGUAUUUUAAGGAAUAGAUUGAUAAAGUGCAAUGGCCCAUAUUAAAGCAUUGGUUUUCUUCGCCUUGGUGGCUCUUACAGCUGUCAGUUUAGCACAAGUGCCUCAAAUUGGACCCCAGAAACCGCAAUGGGGUCCGCAGACAUACUCGCAAAAUAAUGGAAAAAACGUCGAGGUGGUUGGAAAAGAAUCCAAACUUCUGCCAUCAUGGACAACAUGCGAUCCUUUGGGACCAAAAAUGUCUUGCAAUGAUUGUAACACUCGAGUUAUUUGCAAACCUUCAGGUGGUAUUUUAAAGCCAUGCGGUCCGUGGAAACGUUACUGUAAUAACGGAAUGUGUUCUGCAAUACCAUCUCCUGAAUGUAGCGCUGUAUAAUUUUUUUCUUUAAAAUUAAAUAUAUAUUACAUUGUA